AUGGCUGUUGCUCAAUCAGCUGGACACGAAGAAUCUGAUGAUUCCCUUUAUCCGAUUGCCGUCCUCAUCGACGAACUGCGAAAUGAAGAUGUACACUUGCGAUUGAACAGCAUCCGUAAACUCUCGACCAUUGCACUUGCACUUGGUGUUGAACGUACUCGUAAUGAGCUUAUCCAGUUCCUAACAGACACGAUUUACGAUGAAGAUGAAGUUUUACUAAUCCUUGCUGAUCAACUCGGAAAUUUCACUCCACUUGUGGGUGGACCCGACUAUGUUCACUGUUUGCUACCACCGCUUGAAAACCUGGCUACUGUUGAAGAAACGGUUGUCAGAGAUAAGGCGGUUGAAAGUUUACGGAAAAUCGCUGACAAGCACAGCACAGCAGCCCUAGAGGAGUACUUCAUACCGAUGCUCAAACGCCUAGCAACAGGCGACUGGUUCACGUCACGCACAUCGGCAUGUGGGCUAUUCAGCGUUGCCUACCCAAGAGUUAGCCCGGCAAUCAAGGCUGAGUUGAGAAGCCUGUUCCGUCAGAUGUGUCGCGACGAUACGCCAAUGGUUCGUCGUGCAGCUGCUGCAAAACUCGGAGAUUUCGCAAAGGUAUUUGUAUUUGAGCGUGACUACCUCGUCGACGAGCUUCACGCCAUGUUCUGCGACUUGGCAGUAGAUGAGCAGGAUUCUGUUCGCCUGCUGGCUGUUGAAGGCUGCAUCGCAAUGGCAGGCCUGCUGUCGGAGGAAAGCCGCAGGGAUCUCGUCCGUCCAGUACUGAUGGGUCUUAUCGAUGACAAGAGCUGGCGUGUACGAUUCAUGGUAGCGGAGAAGUUGACCGAGAUCCAAGAAGCUAUUGGUGAAGACAUGACCAUGUCUGAGCUGGUUCCUGCAUUUACCAACCUAUUGAAAGACCCUGAAGGAGAAGUUCGUGGCGCAGCAGCUCAGAAACUGAACACUUUCUGCGCUAAUCUCAAGAAAAGCACACGAGAGUCGGCUAUCCUCAACAAUAUUCUCCCAGUCGUAAAGGAAUUGGUGACCGAUCCAAAUCAGCACGUGAAGACCGAGCUGGCUGGAGUGAUCAUGGGCUUGGCACCACUGGUCGGUAAGGAGAACACCAUUUCGCAGCUUCUGCCCAUUUACAUGCAGUUGCUGAAGGAUAGUACUGCCGAAGUCCGCCUCAACAUCAUCAGUAGCCUCGACAAGGUCAACGAUGUCAUCGGUGCAUCGCAGCUUUCACAGUCACUCCUGCCAGCAAUCGUUGAACUUGCUGAGGAUGGAAAGUGGCGCGUCAGACUGGCCAUCGUCCAGUUCAUGCCUCUUCUUGCAGCACAGCUCGGACAAGCGUUCUUUGAUGAGAAGAUGCUCCCGCUUUGUCUGAAUUGGCUUUGUGAUCAUGUUUAUGCAAUCCGCGAAGCUGCUACGGCUAUACUCACUGAGCUCGCUGGAAAGUUCGGUGGCGAGUGGGCAACGAAGAAUAUCAUGCCGAAAGUGCUCACCUUGUCCAAGGAUCUCAAUUACCUUCAUCGUAUGACUUGUCUGUUUUGCCUCAAUUCACUUGCCGAAGCUGUGGGACCUGAACAAACAGCUAAGGAGAUCAUGCCUGUGAUCAAGGAGCUCAGUGAAGACAAUGUGCCGAACGUACGCUUCAACGUGGCUAAGGGAUUGAUGAAAAUUGGAAAAGUAGUGGAUUCGAGUGUCCUACAAAAUGAGAUCAAGCCAAUUCUGAUGAACUUAUGCAACGAUGCUGAUUUUGACGUCCGGUAUUUCGCCGAAGAAACAAAGAACGCCCUAGGGUUGCAUUAG